UUGUACAGCGUACACGAGUAGGUCUCCAUAACCUAAUCGCAUAUUAGUCAUACUGAUAGAAUGCUGGUCAGUGAAGUGUGGAGAAGUUGUUAUCAAGACGCUUUAUGAUAAGUUAAACCAACUUACAUAGUACAUUUUAAGGAUACUUUACAAACAUUUGAUCAAAGCGAAUGGAAGAAUCGUAAUAACCUACAGAAGUGUUCACUAUGGAGAACUUUGUUCGCAGGGAAGUCAUUCGGUCGCAGUUGGAACACUUGGCGUCACUGCUGAGUAAGGAGGGGGAAGAGUGUUUUAUUAUCACUGCUUGUAUAGUCGAUGGAAGUUCCCAGCUAUUUGGCUCGAGCAAGGGUGUGAAAUACAUACAGAACUACUUUAGAGGCGUGGUGGAGGAGUUUUUGCCUUAUUUAAGUCAACAGGACAUUCCCGAAAGCGUAUACACACGCCAAGUCGUCGAUGAUUAUAAUAAUGACAAAAAGGCGAUCCGAUCUAUGAUUGUAUAUCAGGCAUGUCGACUAGCUGAGAACGGGGAGGAGUGCUUUGUUGUGACUGCCACAAACCCAAAUAUUCUAGGCUCCGACAAGGGGAUAGCCUACUGUAGAAUAUUGUUUCAAGGCAUUCAGAGAGCCUUUUCCAGACACGUUGAAGCUCACCAAACGGCUGACAGAGACCAAGCCAUUGAGCAAGGCCUGGAGACGAGCACAGAAGAUGAACAAUAUGUACACAGUAAACUGCGAACGCAUCUGAAGAUUGAGAAUCCUAUCAGGCAUGAGUCAGAAAACGAUCAUUGUGGAAACAAUUACAAUGACAAGGGAGAGCCUUAUCCCACACCAAGAAAAGUUGAAACUUUAGCAUCAUCAAGAAAUAAGUCCACAAGUCAAUGGAAUGAUAGAGGAAAACAACCAAGCAAAGACAAUAAUACAUCAAAAAACAUGUAUAAACAAUCAAUGUCAUCAUCCGCUGAUUCAGAUUCAGAACUUCUUGGUAUCGGCACUGAUGAGGAUUCAACUAAUGCAGAUAGUCUGCUGUCAGAAUCGGAACUGCUAGCCGAAUCAUCAAAACAGGAAACGACAGGGCUUAAGAGGACAAAUCAAAUGGAUGAGGACAACUCAGAUAUGAAGAGAUUCAAACCAGCAACACCAUCGUCAAGGGAAACGAUAUCAGAAUCUUUACCAGAGCUUAAUAAUGGUAUUAACUUAAACACUGUUGGUCCAAGUACAUCUGGUGUACAAAGCACAAGACAGGUUAGUAAAGAAGACAAACGGUUUGUAUGUGUUGUAAAAGGAUGCGAAAAAAGCCACGCGACCCGCAUCAAGCGAUUAGAGCAUUACACCACUCACACGGACAAGAAAUUAUAUUCGUGUGACUUAUGUCAGAAAUCAUUUAAAAAUAGAUCGUCUGUUAAUCACCAUAGGAAACGGGAGCACCAAGAUACUGAAUAUAAACCUCAGAAAAUAUUACGGAUGCCUCUCGAGGAGUUGGAAAAAGAGCUAAAAAGGAACAACGACGUCAGUACUUCAUAUAACCCUGAUGAAAGCUCAAACGAAAACAUGCCAAAAUAAAGAAAUAGGUUCUGUGGCGUUUAUCUUCCUGGAUUACAUGAUGAUCAGGAUUUUUGUCAGUAAUGACCUGCUACACGUCGGACCGAAAUACAUCUUUCUUCUGGAAUAAAACGGUGUACACACACAAUAAAUAACGCAAUAAUUGAUCCGGAACUAUUUUAAAGAGUGUACACGUACUGUUAUUGUGUGAAUUGUGUACUAACAAACAUAUGUCAUUGACAUUACGUCAAUUUUUAAACUAAUACAUUGUUUAUUUAUUCCGUAAUAUUUACAUUGUGUAUAAAAAUCUUUGUUUUUUAUACAUUGCAUAUUCAAUUAAACAUUUUAUGGUAAAGACAUUUAUAUAUAUAUAUAUAUAACGGGUUUUAUGUCAAAGGAAAUGUUACUUGAUUAGAACAAAAUUAGUAAUUAUACUAAAUAUUUUUUAAACUCACUUUGCCAAUAUAUUUCUCGGAAAUAUCCAUACGAUCAUAUAAGCAUACACACAUUGUGUCGAUUGUUAUUUUUUAGUAAAGGUAACUACGCUGAUAAUGUAGUCGUUGCUAACUUGUAAUAUUAUUGCUCUAUAAGUUUAACGGAUAUCAACCAAUCGAUUAUUUAAUCAAUAAAUCAAUCAAUCAAUCAAUUAAUCAAUAAUAUCGUCAUUGUAUAUACAGGUGCAUUGUACAAUUGAAAUGGUAAUGUAAUAUGAUUAAGUUUAUCUAACGACGUUGUGAUUUUGUCUGUUAUCAAGAAAACCAAUGGAAGAUUAAAGUUUCUGUAUAGAAAACGUGAUUUCCUUACCCAACAGACCAAAAUGUUGCUGGUUAUGUCCCUAAUUUAGUGCCAUUUCGAUUUUACCUCAAUUGUUUGGUUUUAUUCUGUUACUCAAGUAUUGAGAAACAAGCUACAGGUUACCCAAAAUAAACUAAUUAGACUUGUUUUUAAUUUUAUAUUCCAGAGCCCAUAUUGAUAAAAAGCAUUUCUCCUGUCUUAAUUGGUUACCUGUGACAUGAAACUUGACUUUAUCUCUCUCAGUCAUGUUUUAAGGUAUGUUUUAAAACAGUCCCUUCCUAUAUGAUUGACAAUUUUACCCCUGGUAGUACUGCAUACACUUAUAGCACUAGAUUUGCACUGACAAGUCAUACUAAUACUACAAGCACAUUUGUCGAUAGUGAUCGCUUUUCCUACCCUAAGGUCAAGAGUUUUGAUAGUCAUUUGCCUAUCAUGGUUGUUCAUUGUGGAGUUAGUUGCCAAAAGACAUAAGGAAUUUGAUGAGCAUGACUAAUUUUAAGUCCUCUGUUAAGGCGUAGUUGUUUGUAACACAAGGGAUUUGAUAUAACUUUCAUGGUUCGCUGCAAAUUUUAACUCCUUAGCAUUACAUUUCUGUGAUUUGUCGUUUCCAGUAUGUCCUUUAGCUUGUGCAAUUAUUUAUUUUAAUUUAUGAUUGCCAUCAAACAAACUGUGAUAUAUUUUAUUAGCUUCAUGUGUCUUUCUAUGUCAAGCUAUGUUUUACCAAAAGAACCACAAUGUAAAUAAGGCAUAUAUAUAUUUUUUUUGUGUGAUAUCCUUUGUGUACAAUAAAGUUAAUGUGCUACAGCUAGGAAUAUGUUCAUUAAAUUCAUAAGCUAUGUAGGUUGCUUUCAUUGUAGUAAUAAUAGAACAAAUUAAUCAGGCCCUUUGUUUUGUCCGGGAUAUGCAAGAUACGUAUACAAAAUAUAUUUAGCAUGGUUACCGUGAGAAUGUUUUGUGUUUCGAUUGGCUGGAAGCUGCGAGGGCUCCGGGCGAAAAUUAAUUUGGUCAGUAAGUGAGGUGCGAGUGAAAAGACAUGAAUGAAUGUUUGGGUUUUGUUAAAUAAAUCGGAAUCCGUACCAAUGUUUAGUAAGUUAUAUUUUGUAACAUUUGUUUUAUAAAUGAAGUUAAUCUACAUUAUAUAGCGGAAAGGUUAGUUAAGGCAAUUGUUGAUGGCUACACAACUUCAGAGCAUUUUUCGUAACUUUAAGUAUUUUUGAAAAUCCUCAAAAUACUCUGUGAACAUCUAUUUGCUAUGUUAAUUGCAUUAUUUGGAUUAUUAUUGUGUAUAUGAUGUAUGUGUCUUGAUUAUUGUGUUUGGGUUAUUUCAGAUAACCGUUCAUACGUUCAUACGUUCCUUAGCGUUCAUUUACGUUCCUAUACGUACAAUAGCGUUAAGAUGUGUUCCAUUACGUGCUGUUAUGCUGACUGAUUGACUGUUUGAUUGUAUUGAAUAAAUGUGAACG